GCUGCCGCGGCGCUAGCACUGACGUGUCUCUCGGCGAGGCGCGGCGCUCCAGAGCAGGACGGGCCGGCAGCGGAGCCGAGGUCGGAGCGUAGCGGAGCCGGAGCGCGACCCGGAGCCCGACCCGGAGCCCGACCCGGAGCCGAGCAGCCGCCGCCAUGGCGAUCAAGUUUCUGGAAGUCAUCAAGCCCUUCUGUGUCAUCCUGCCCGAAAUUCAGAAGCCGGAGCGGAAGAUUCAGUUUAAGGAGAAAGUGCUAUGGACCGCCAUCACCCUCUUCAUCUUCUUGGUGUGCUGCCAGAUCCCCCUGUUUGGAAUCAUGUCUUCAGACUCAGCCGACCCUUUCUAUUGGAUGAGAGUGAUCCUCGCCUCUAACAGAGGCACAUUGAUGGAGCUGGGUAUCUCUCCCAUUGUCACCUCCGGCCUCAUCAUGCAGCUCUUGGCUGGCGCCAAAAUAAUUGAAGUUGGUGAUACCCCAAAAGACCGAGCCCUCUUCAACGGAGCCCAAAAGUUGUUUGGCAUGAUCAUUACCAUCGGCCAGUCCAUCGUGUAUGUGAUGACAGGGAUGUACGGAGACCCUUCUGAAAUGGGUGCUGGGAUCUGCCUGUUGAUCACCAUACAGCUCUUUGUUGCUGGCCUAAUUGUCCUGCUUUUGGAUGAACUUCUGCAAAAGGGGUACGGCCUGGGCUCUGGGAUCUCCCUCUUCAUUGCCACAAACAUCUGCGAGACCAUCGUGUGGAAGGCGUUCAGCCCCACCACUGUCAACACCGGCCGAGGAAUGGAGUUUGAGGGCGCCAUCAUUGCACUGUUCCACCUACUGGCCACACGCACAGACAAGGUCCGAGCCCUUCGCGAGGCGUUCUACCGCCAGAAUCUCCCCAACCUCAUGAAUCUGAUCGCCACCAUCUUUGUCUUUGCAGUGGUCAUCUACUUCCAGGGCUUCCGCGUGGACCUGCCCAUCAAGUCGGCCCGCUACCGAGGCCAGUACAACACCUACCCCAUCAAGCUCUUCUACACCUCCAACAUCCCCAUCAUCCUGCAGUCCGCCCUCGUGUCCAACCUCUACGUCAUCUCCCAGAUGCUGUCCGCCCGCUUCAGUGGCAACCUGCUGGUCAGCCUGCUGGGCACCUGGUCGGACACUUCUUCUGGCGGCCCAGCACGCGCCUAUCCCGUUGGCGGCCUUUGCUAUUACCUGUCUCCUCCUGAGUCUUUCGGCUCCGUCUUGGAAGACCCCGUCCAUGCCGUCGUGUACAUAGUGUUCAUGCUGGGCUCCUGCGCCUUCUUCUCCAAGACGUGGAUUGAGGUCUCGGGCUCUUCUGCCAAAGACGUUGCCAAGCAGCUGAAGGAGCAGCAGAUGGUGAUGAGGGGCCACCGAGAGACGUCCAUGGUCCACGAGCUCAACCGGUACAUCCCCACGGCCGCGGCCUUCGGCGGGCUUUGCAUCGGGGCCCUCUCCGUGCUGGCUGACUUCCUGGGUGCCAUUGGGUCUGGAACCGGCAUCCUGCUUGCGGUUACCAUCAUCUACCAGUACUUUGAAAUCUUCGUCAAGGAGCAGAGUGAGGUCGGCAGCAUGGGGGCCCUUCUGUUCUGAGCCGUGCCUCCUGGACCAGGCAGAGGCGGCGUGCUCCACGACGGCCAAGGGAGCAAGGACGCCACGCUGUGGGCGCUGUCUUCGGGGGUGCUGCUGUGGCCUGAGGACUUUGGUUUAAUCACCUGUUUGAAUUUCACAUUCUUUCAUUCCACUUUCUAAAGUGCUAGAAAUUUUUCAAUUUGCAAUUUCGCUUUUCAUUCUGGCAUUGGCAACAGAACUGUAGAAGUGAGGUCUUACUCAGCUGACUGCCAGAAGUGACUGUCCCUGGUGUCCGCGUCACUUUUGUGUUAACCUUUGCACCUUCUCAGUGCUGUCGGCGACUGCAGUGGUCUCGGCUGCUCCCCCCGAAGGGCAUGUCUUGUUGGUUAGAAGCACAAACAGUGUUGAAACGUCUCCGUCUCGGGUGGCAGGAGGGCGAGCACGUGGGAGCAGGUCAUGUGUCUUCCGGUGCGUGUGGGCUGCGCCCUGGCGUGUCCCCUUCAGUCAGGCGGGAACAUCUGGCUUAAAACGGGUUCUCUGGAAGACACAAUUGUUUUCCCUUUUAAAAGUUGUUUUUUAGGACAGAGCUUCUUCCAAAAGAGAGGAACGAAUUUCCAGAAGACCACUGGCCCAUCUGUGCAUUUUUCUGCCUGUGCCUGUGGGCUGACCUGGCUGUGCCGUCUCUCUCUUCAGUGAUGGAGCCGGGCCACGAUGCCGCAGCUUUGCAUAGUCGAGCCUGGCCGAGCUGGUGGACAUCAUGCGGAGGACCCUGAGGUGCUGGCUCUCCAGUUCCUCCCGCUGUCACUGAACUUGUUCUCCAUGGUGUGUCCCUUCCCACUCGCCUCCCGAGAGGGGAGGUGCUGUGGCUGGCCUCAGAUGCUACCUUCUAGGCUGAAGACUUCCCACUGGUAUUUUUUUAGAACAUUUUUACUGUGCUUAGGACCAAACGCAAGUGAAGUAAAUAACAAGAUGGCUCUGAUCUCUGCUUUCACCAAAACUGCCCAGCAGAGAGGAGGGCCCAGGCCCUAGAUCCAUGGUGAAAUCAGGGUCAGAGAGAUUUUUUUUUUUGCCAAGUUUCACCCAUGUUUGAUAUGAAAAGACUCGCAAUUAUGUCUAAGAUAAAUUGUUUGCAAUAACAGGUAAUCUAGACCUUAGGAAUUAGAACCUUCUCUAAGGCCUUUAGGGAGGCCCCUCCCGGGGACCAGCAGCGCUUGGCCGCAGAGACAGCAGAGGUGAGCUCCACAGCCUGAGGGCUUCUCCCUGCCCCGCGGAGAAAGCAGACCCCACCAGCAGCGGCGCACAGCGGCCUUCAAAGCACAGAGCCAGUCAAGGUGGCCAGCUUGGCACCCGCCUGAGUCCACAGGGGCUCUGAGACCUCACUGGCUGUGCUGCCCAGGAGACAGGCCAACCGAGGGACAAGAAGAGGCUUGCCAAGCACCACCCGGCAAGUUGGCGGCAGAGCCCGGAUGGGCCCACAGCCCAUCGACCCCAGGCCAGGGCACCCACCGUACCACACGUGGCCUUGUCCGACCCAGUCCCGAGCGGAGACCUGACGCCCCUGCAGCCCUGCUGCAGCCUCUGACCACUGCGUGGCUCGGGCUCCUGCCCUGCGGUCACUGGUCACUGGGGGGUGGGGCUGACCCCAGCUUUCAGGGGACUGUCACUGUGGACGCCAAAAUGGCAUAACUGAGAUAAGGUGACUAAGAAACAAAUAAAGCCAACUUUUUACAGGCCA